UUCUCUGGCGUCGUCAAUGGCGUUGUGGCAACAACGAACGAAUGUGGAGAAGCGCUUUGCAAAGCCUGCCUAGAGAUGCCCGCUAAUUGUUCGGCGUGCAAAAACCGAUCCAAUAAUGGCAGCAAAACGACCUUUCACAAGUUCCCAGCGAAAGACGAGGAGUGUCUCAAGAAAUGGAUCGAAUUUGUGUCUAAAGCAAGGGGCAAAGGCCUUUGGAAGCCCACCGUGAACAGCAAGUUGUGCUCGAUACAUUUUGAGCCGAACUGUUUUCGUCACUUCAACGGACGAGUGUACCUCAACACUGGAGCUGUGCCUACUGUCGUCGAGAUCCCUGAACAUCUGCAGAAGGGCACGCGAUGUGCAAGAGAAAGCGAUGCUUCUUCAUCAAGGGUUGUUUCACCUUCGCCAGAGAGGGAAGAAGUAGUAUUCGUACCAGCCGUUGUGGAAGGGAGGGCAUUUGACUAUGAAGGCAAUCUCUUGAACAGUGAGCCCGUUAAGGUCGCCAAGUUUCAUCUUUCCCGCCUAGACGAGGAACAACUCCGCCAAGUUGUGGCUUCGCCGGCGCAGUUGACGACCGUUGGCCAGCGAAUGAGUGUCGAAGCAAAGGAAGCGGACGGUAAACGGCCAAUCAUCGUCCGCAUCACGUCUUCCGAUCCGGAGAGCCGACCAUCACGCAUGAAGAGACUUCCAGAGAAGCUGCGCUCCGGGGACUUCGACAACAACCUCGGCGAAGAACCCCCGAUGAAGGCGGCCCGACUUGAAUCGAACCUGGAUGAAAGUGCGGAGACGGAACGAAUCAGCGACGAUGGCGACCUUGGCGACGAGUCCGAUGAUGCCCUGGGUCUAGAUGAGGAAGAGUACGAAGAAUGUAGUGACGGUGAAUCUGCGGAGCCGCCCACAGCCUACAGGUCUCAGGCCAUAAAAACCACUGCUUUGGACGAAAGCGCCACACCAGCGGCCGCGCCCAAAUCUGCGCCAGGCGGACCCUCGGCUGGAACUGUCGUGGAGCUCUGCACACAGCUUGACGAACAGCGCAUCAAAAACGAGGAGCUGACGAAGCAACUGGCUAAAGCCAAGGUGGAAAUCGAAAACCAGAACAGAAACAUUGAAGCUUUGCAAGAUGUUAUAAACAAUCUUCGACAAAGAAUUGUGGCCAUGAGCAAGAAGUGCAGUGCAACUGCAGAACCAAUGGAAGUCAAUGGAGAAGUGAAAGAGUGAACGAGGAAACCCUGCUUGUUAUUGGCUUUUCAUUUCUUUUGUUUUUGUUACUCUUUAGGACUGCCUAAAAAGUGUGCAAGGGGAAGAAAGUUGCUGCAAAUCUGUCAUGUUUUUCCAUGUUAUGGUCUGCCCUCAUUAAACUAAUCAACACAGUCACUA